AUGUCCACGUCUUUCGAUCUCUCGAAACCCAAUCGGCCAAUCCACGUCGGCGUCAUCCUCGUAGACUCGUUGAGUUCCAACCCCUUCCUUCAACAAGCGUUCCGGAUCACAGAGCUCCUCGAUAUCGCCGUCGUCGACCUCCUCUCCGGGUUGGACAAGUCCAUCGCCGCCACGUUCCCGGACGCGCUCAUGCCUCCACACGUCAAGGCGCAUGCGCUGGAUGUUGAAACGCACUGGGUGAAUCAGUCGGGCAAGACGGCCAGGUUGUCUGGGAACAUUUCUCUACAGCCCACGAACGACUUCACCAACUGUCCACCACUGGACAUUGUGAUCAUGGGCGCCAACGAGUUGGGGUACAAGCCCAGCGAGGCCGAGCUCGAAUUCGUCCGCAGGAGCUACGAGACGUGCUCGGCCUUCAUCACCGUCUGCGGGGGCUUCGAGGUGCCGUUCGCCGCGGGCCUGUUCGACGGCAAGACGGUGACGUGCCCGCGGCCGUUCCUGCAGAACAUGCGCCAGGCCGGGCCGCAGACCACGUGGGUCGAGGAGCGCUGGCACCGCGACGGCAAGUUGUGGACGAGCGGCGCCGUCCUCAACGGACUGGACCUGAUCAGGGCUUUUGCCACCGAGUACUGGGGCGGCGAGGGCUCGUUGGUCGAGUUCUUCAUCGGCCUGGGCCACUUUCCGAAGCGAGAUCUCAAUUACGCCGACGCCGAGUUUGCUUUGUAG